AUGUCUGAGGAGCGGGUCUGUGUGAAAUGUCCAAAUCCAGCUACACUGUGCAGCACGGAUGCGCGGAAGGCAGCCUACUGCAAGUCGUGCUUCAUGCAGAUGGUAAAGCACAAAUUCAGUUCAGCCAUUGGCAAACGACGACUCUAUAAG